AUGCCGCAAUCGAAUACCUACGUGCUAGGAGUGGGCAUGACCCAAUUCCUCAAGCCGCGUCGUACUAGGGAAUACCCAGAGCUCGGGUACGAGGCCGGGGUGAAGGCAAUGCAAGAUGCAAAAAUCACGUACGAUGAUGUCGAAGCCGGUAUCGCUUGCUACUGCUAUGGUGAUACCACCAGUGGACAGCGUAUUUUCUAUCAGUUUGGACAGACAUCCAUCCCAAUAUACAACACAAAUAACGCCUGCGCAACGGGUUCCGCCGGGCUGCAUCUUGCCCGAACGUUGGUGAAGAACGGAGGCGCCAACUGCGUCUUAGCUUUGGGCUUUGAGCAGAUGCGUCCAGGGUCCAUCAAGUCGGUUUGGGACGACCGCCCAAGUUCUGUUGGCCCAUCUACAGCACUGAUGGAGAAGACGCAUGGAAAGCAUAAGAGUCCGAGGAAUGCGCAGUACUUCGCAAAUGCUGGCGUCGAGUACAUGAAGAAAUAUGGCGCAAAAGCAGAAGACUUCGCCGAGAUCGCCCGUGUCUCGCACGAGCACUCCCAGCGCAACCCCUACUCCCAAUUCCGAACUGCAUACACUCUGCAAGAGAUCCUAGACUCCGGCGUCAUUCACGCUCCGAUCACAAAGCUUCAAUGUAGUCCAACCAGUGACGGCGCCGCCGCAGCCGUGGUCGUUUCGCAGAGCUUCCUCGACGCCCGCCCACACCUAAAGUCCCAAGCAAUCCUAAUCGCAGGCCAGCAACUCCUCACCGACGAUCCAUCCGUCUACUCAGGGAGUGCCAUUGACCUCGUCGGCUGGGGAAUGACGAAGCGCGCAGUGACACAGGCCAUGGCCGAAGCAGGCGUCACGUCAAAAGAUAUCUCUGUCUGCGAACUGCACGACUGUUUCUCCGCAAACGAGCUCAUCCUCCUCGACUGUCUUGGUUUCUCAGAACCCGGCAAAGCUCACGAACUCGUCCGCCGCGGCGAUAUCACAUACGGCGGCAAGGGACCUGUCAUUAACCCCUCUGGUGGACUGAUCUCAAAGGGCCACCCUCUAGGAGCCACGGGUCUAGCGCAGUGUGCAGAACUGACAUGGCAGCUUCGCGGGUGGGCGAAUAACCGACUUGUAGAGAAUACCUCUGUAGCGCUGCAGCACAACCUGGGUCUUGGGGGUGCGGUCGUGGUGACGGUGUAUAAGCGCGCGGAUGGAGGCGCGAAUCCCAAGCUUUCCGAUGCGGAGGUUGUUGCUGCAUCUGGGGUUGGGUAUAACCCUGCCACUGAGGCGCGGUUCGUUAAGCCUGCCGAUGCAGAAAGGGUUCGGAGUCGCGUCAGGUCGGAUUAUCCGUUGGAGGAUACGGUGAAGAAGCUUUCUGCGAGGAUCUAG